AUGAAUCCCUAUUACGAUGUAGAGAGGCUAAGAGACGAAGUGAUCUACCUCCACUCUCUCUGGCACCAAGGUCCUCCACGAACCCCCGUCAUUCCCACUCCCAUUCCCCAACCCCAACACACGUGCCACGUUCUCCCUCAUCAUCAUCAUCAUCAUCAUCCUGCAUCCGCCCGCACCAGAUCACUCCCCCCGGUCCCCUCCACCUCCUUCAAGAAGAAGAAGAAGAAGAAGAAGAAGCAAAAGCGUCGUCAUGGGGAUAACUCCGCACGACCCGACCCAGAAUGGCCGUCUCCUGUUCGACCCGACUCGGUUCCGUCCACCGGUUGGGGCAAGCCAAAGCCCGGUCCAGCCCCUCGUCCCGACGUGUCUCAGCAAGAAAAGGAGAGGCUUGCGGCAGUUCAAGCGCAGCAGAAAGCGUGCAAAGCUCUGAAGGAGUUUCUAUCUAAGAGUGAUGAUGUUGAUGUUGAUGAUGACGACGAAGAAGAUGAUGAUGAUCAUGGGGAAUGGGAAGAGAUUGAGGAGUUCUUUGUGGGGCUGUUCUUGAAGGACGAUGAACUCAGAGGGUACUACCAGAGGUGUUUCGAAAGUGGGGAGUUUUGCUGCAUGGUGUGUGGGGCAAUUGGGAAGAAAAAUUCUGGGAAGAGGUUUAAGGACUGUGUUGCGCUUCUUCAGCAUUCGAUGUCGAUUUUGAGAACGUUGAAGAGAGGGGUACACAGGGGCUUUGGUAUGGCCGUGUGUAAGGUUUUGGGUUGGGAUGUUGAUCGACUUCCCACCAUUGUGAUGAAAGGGGAGCCUCUUGGGCUGGAGAUGAUGAAGCCUGCUGAGGCAGAGGGUGAACCUAGAGAGAAAGUUGAAGAUGAUGGCGAAGACUGUGCCGGCAAAUAA